GCCCAAUUAUGUAGCAGACCCAAAACAACUGAAGUCCUUGUUUUUAUUAGGGUUGGUUUUCAUCUUCAUUCAAAGUGCAUUACUCACUCUCUCUCUCUCUCUCUCGGCCUUUUUGGCUCAUCAGCGGUAAGAUCGGAGAGGAGGAGUUCUGUUGGGUUGUCGAACUCGGCUUCAUUAUUCAUUGGCCGGAUAAACAAUUACUUCACUCACAGCAACUGAUUGGAGUCAUGUUUCUAACGAGAUACUUUGGGAGAACACUCCUUGCCGCCGCUAAAUCAGAGACUCCGGCUGCAGCAGCAGCUGCUGCUUCUUCAGCAAGGACAGAAUACAACCCCCUCGCUGAGUUCUUUGAGGUAGAUCGAAGCACAGAAGAUGAGAAGCCUGUUGUCUAUGGUCGUAGUUGGAAAGCAUCUGAACUGCGCUUGAAGUCUUGGGAUGACCUUCAAAAGCUAUGGUACGUACUGUUGAAGGAGAAAAACAUGCUGAUGACACAACGGCAGAUGCUUAAUGCACAAAAUCUCCGCUUUCCUAAUCCAGAACGUGUUCCCAAGGUGAGAAAGUCGAUGUGUCGUAUUAAGCAAGUACUGACAGAGAGAGCAAUUGAAGAACCUGAUCCCAGGAGGUCUGCUGAGAUGAAGAGGAUGGUAAAUGCUUUGUGAUGGCAUCUGGUUCUCUUUUCUACAACUAUAGUCACUAAUGUUUAGGUCUGUACUCUGUAAUGCUGCCUUAUUUUUGGAAUUUAGAUUAGUAAACUUUCAACAACUAGCGUCCUGCUUUAAAAUACCAAUAGUUAUCUUUCUCUAAGAGAUUACUCUUGUAUGAUUGAGAAGUUUGUGUUUUGAUGUUAGGUUUAUAAAUUGGGGGUUUGUCUUGGAGGAAGGAUAUUCUCUAUUAUAUAAAUAAUAAUUAUAUAUAUAUAUAAAUUUAUUAUUGUACCUCUUUUUCAUCUAUAAUAAGACACCUAUUAUCAGUUUGAGAUUUA